CGAACAAUCCAGCGAACCAAGUCAGGGAGUGUCACCCCUUGCUUCGAUUGUUUGAGCAGAAUAGCCGUACUCGUACGAACAAGCAAAUCGAAUGACACAGCCAUAACAUAAUUGCAACCCUUGCAAACAAACAAACACCCAAACAACGAUGUCUUUCCCACGCACUUCCACUCUGCUCCUUGCCCUCCUCGUAGUCGUUGCUACGCUGACGCACAGCGCCGAUGCCUUCUCCACCGUCCAGAAGCAGACGGUGCCGGCUUCCACCAUCCGGUCCACCGCACUCAACGUCUUUGGAAAGAAGAAAGAAGAAGAGGACCUUUCAUACAUCGAGUCCCGUGACAUGACGCGGGAAGAAAUGCUUGCGCUCAACGCAAAGAACGAGGAAAUCAUGAACAUGGAACUCACGGCCAUGACCGGAUUCAGCUUGGUGUUGUCUCUGCCCAUUUUGUACCUAUGCUGGGUCGCCUUCUUUUCGGAUUAAGGGAGGGAAGAAAUAAAGCAACGUGCGGGCAAUCAAUUUUUGAACGAAACAAUGAGAGAGAGGAGUGGGAGAAGAACCACAUUACAGUGCAUCGCAGCGUAGUGUCAUGUGGUAUUUUGUUCUAUUCGGAAAAAUGGAUGCUAUUGAGGAAAACUUUCCAUACACGCAGUUGAGCAGGUGAUUCUCGCUGUUUGUUGUUCGCAAGAUGAUGUCUAUCAUGAGCAAGCAAGGAGUUAAUGCUGAAAUUGACGUGUUGGAUUCGAUGAAAUUGCUUUGCUGACGAAUCGUCUUCAAUAGUAUGUUGGGGAGGCUUGAUUGGUUCUUCCAUUUUUGGUAGUAAUUCACUAAGAGUACAAAUCUGAAGCCAAUCUUUUUGACAAUAAAAAAGGACUGAAUGUAGAAGGAUUCGUCGAUUGGCACUUGCUACAAUAAUCAGAGAGAACGAGGCAAAACAAUAACACUAAUAGAAGCACUGUCUGUGA